UUUUUUAUUUCUUGUUUGUCGUCUCUUCGUGAAAGUCUCGUCAUUUUCACGCGGUUACUUCGUUCGUCGUUAAAAAAGACAUAUUUUUCACACUUUACUAUUGUCAAAUUAAAUCAAUUUGUAAUGAAAACGCGCUAAAUUCAAUGACAUUCAUGAAAUUGCAAUUGUUCUCAGUGUCGGUAAAUCAAAUGCGGGGAAAAGGAAAUACGAUUUUUUCAACGUUAUAGAACAUCAAGCAGGCAGCAGCAUUGAAGUAACGAAGAAGAAGACGAAAAAUUGCAAAAGAAAAUAAAAAAGCAAACGUUAAAAGUGACAACAACCCAGAAUUAAACCAAGAUUUAGAUUUGUAUUGAAUUUUGCUGUGAAAUACGAUAGCUGCACACACAGCACAUCGGUUCGUUCGUUCGCGCUGUUGAAGACGCCAAGCUCUAGGGGGUGCGUGGUGUAUUUUGUGUUGUGUGCAUGCAUGCGUCAACAGUAACCUCGUUGCGGUGUAUGGGAAUUGUGAAAAAAGUUGCUUGUGUUUAAAUAUCAGCACAAGCAAGACGAGAAGGAGGAUUUUGCAAUAAAAAAAAUAUUAGCAACUAUUUGUUGUUGGUGACGGACCCAACUGACCGGCCAAGUGGGCUUCACAUCAAGAUGUCGGAAUAUGGCCUGGACAAUGAAAGUCCACCCCAACAGCAACAACAACAACAGUUUGGCGGUGAAGCAACACACAACCUAAGUACGGAUGAUCCUACAAAUGCUGCCGAUAAUUCCAUAAUCGGCAAAGUAAAAUCUCGAGUCUCGAGCAUAUUGCCAAAUCGUCUAUCAAAAUGGUUUUCACCUUCAACCAAAGGGCGAAAUGAUGAACUAAAUGGCAGUAUAUCAUCCUCCACAGGCGCAAAGGCCAGAAGAAGGCGACGUUUUGAAUUUGAUGAUGAUGAUGAGUUUGAACAAGAGGAAGAAGAAGAGGAACAUUCAGAAGCUGACGACGAUGAUGGAGAAGGUGAGGAGGAUGAUGACGACGAAAGUCAAAAUAGUGAAGAAGACUACGCAAGGAGAGGAGGAGGAGCAGCAGCAGCACCUAAAUCCACACAUGCUAAUCUCCAUGGGCGACAACCACCGGCCAAAAGAAGCCGCCUCAAUGUGGAUGUACGUGAUAGUCCAUUAAUUGCCCCACGAAGGCCACUGAUAUCAUCAACGCCUGCCGUUACAAGCGGCUCAUAUUCCCGCAAUUCAAUUGCUGGCAGUGGUGGUGCAACUGUUGGUAGCCAAGUAUCACGUUCAUCCUAUCAACGUUUCACACACUUGAAUUUAUAUGGGAAUCAAAGUAAAAAAGAGCCAGCCUAUGAUUUUGGACAGCAGCAGCAGCAGAGAGAUAGUGCAACGCCAAAAAUUAGUACCGACAUUAUUGAUUUGGUAUCUAAUCCACCCAAUGAAGCUGAUGAUAAAAUCAUUAGCCAAUCGAAUGUUUAUGGUCGUUCUGGCAUAAGCUCACGCAGGAGUUUAAAUAUACCCUCAUCGGCAGUAGGCUCAUCAUCUUCAUCACGAAUGGGCGCGGAACGUAUUAUGGCCACCGUAGGUCAUUUACAACGAAAAUCCCUGGCCAUUGAGAAAACUGGCGAUAUUCAAACAUCCAUGAGUGUUCCUCCAAGGCGUACAUCAACAACCAUACACGAAGUCAGAGAUUCCGAAGAACAGCAUAGCAAGCAGCGAAAUGAUGAAGAAGAUGAAGACAAUGAUGUAUGCGAAAAUAAUUUACUCAAACAUAAUGGCCAAUUCAAUGAGGAUCAAUGCAGUGAAUUGCCACACAAAAAAUUGAGAAUGCAACGACGUCACAUCAAUGGCGGCUCUUCGGGUCCAGCUGAAAUACCCGAAGAAAGUGAAGCCAUUCUCUUGGACACCGCCUCGGAAAGCGGUGAAAGUGGUGUGGGUGAAAUGUCUAAAAUGAAAACAAAGGAACGCAGCAAUACCACGGGUCUCUUUAAUAUGUUGGGAUCUGGUGGUGGUGGUGGUACAACACGCAACAGCAGCCGCACCUCAUCGUUUGGCAAUGGUUUGAAUUUCUAUUCCCACUUGGAGGGUAGAAAAUCCCUAUUCAAUGCAGCUGGUGGCAGUCAAGGUGGCGGUCAUACUAGCAGCAUUUCAAAUCAAUUAAAUACCUCGACAUUGUCUCUAACCUCACUGAAUCGUAGACAAUUUAAUGCCUCCAUUUAUGGCAGUACCUCAGCGCUGAGUGACAGUCGUUUGCUCAACACCUUUUCGCCGUUCUACAAGGGCAAGACCACAUAUGGUGGAGCAGCAGCAUAUAACAAAUAUACGGCCGGUGCAGGCGCCAGUGCUGUACGUAUAACACCCACACUGAUUAGGCCCACAUCGAGCCUGUCAUCGACGCUGUCCUCGUCGAGCACUUCACUGGCCACAAAUACCAAUUCUCUGCAAAUGGGUGAAAUGUCUAGCACAGCCAAAAGGAUAUUGGAUUUGAUUAGUGAUUUUGCCACGCCCCUAAGUGAGGCUAAGAAAAUGGCUGGCAAUAUGAAGGCGAAUGCUAGUGGCAGUCAAUUGCCACCCCAGGCCAAGGGACGUUUAAACGAAAGCGAUUUAAAUCUUUCGAGGGCAAUGCGUUUAUCCCAAGUGAAAACACCCUAUUCAAGGCCGGCAGUUAUUUUGCAACCUUCGGGUAAUGCAAAUAGUUUAAAGGCGGCGGGUCCAUUGCCUCCGGUCAAGGAGUUACAGGUGCCAACAAUGUCCCAGCUGCUACAAAUGAAAAAGUUGCAGAAUACAACCGAACGGGCCCGUAAUAUUGCCAGAAAUUCUCAAGCAUCAAAUAAUGUGGAUAACACGGAAUAUACGCUACCCGUGGCGACCACGAUUGGCGAUGGUUUUGCCAAGGCCUCGGCAGCGGGUGAAGGUGAACAGCCUCCGCCUCAGCAGCAACAACAGCAGCAACAAAAACACACAAACAAAAUGAAAAACAAGGUAACAGCAACGGUCCGGACCACAGCUGCCUCAAAGGAUUUACUAGACGAGGCACCACCACCCUCAGUCAAUUUGCCCAACAUUGCGUUUCCACUUAUGCAGUCUGUGCCCAAAUUCGAUAUAACAUUUUCAAAGGCCACGACAACAACAACAACACCAGCCACCACAGCAACUUCGUUGGCCAGCAGCAGCAGUGGAAAGGAAAAACAAACAUCAAAUCAAAAUGCAUUUAUUACACAAAACAAAACACAAUCAAAUUCUAUCGCUCUGGCCAGCACAUCGGGUCCCUUGGACUCCGGAGCUGCUGCCAAGAAGGAGAACAUCAAACCCAAUAUCUUUGCCAGCAGUAGUUCUGGUCUAAGUUCCACAGCAAAAACAAAUUUCAAAUUUUCUGAACCCCUUGUUGUCAAGGAUGUGAAUACACCAACCCAUAAUAUAACUCCAACAAAUCUUAACAGCUACAAAUUCAGUCCUCCCCUAGAUGUCACCAUGUCGAUGACACCUAGAUCUACAACAACCCCAACAAUAAAUACAGUGCAACAGCAGCCAAUAAAACCACAACAACCUCAACUUAAAAGUGGAUCCUGUUUAGAUGUCUUAAGUAAACCAUUUACAGUGCCAGCGAGCAGCUCGGGUUCCGAAUCGAAACCAACGGAGGUUAGCAGUUCAUUUGGCAGUCAAUUUAAGAAAUCUUCAAAUGAAUGGGAAUGCGAUACGUGCAUGAUCCGCAACAAGGCAUCGUCCACGAAAUGUGUGGCGUGUGAGACGCCCCGAAAAGGAAGCUCAACGAGCACCGCUAGUACCACUUCCACAUUUAGUUUUGGUUCAAAUGCUGCAGCAUCAUCAGCCAACUCCUUUGGCCAACAGUUUAAAAAAUCCUCCAGUGAAUGGGAAUGCGAUAUGUGUAUGAUACGCAACAAGGACACUAACAGUAAAUGUGUGGCAUGUGAAACGCCACGAAAAGGUGGAACCUCGACCGCCAUGCCACCACCUCCACCCUCAAUAAAGAAUACAUUUGGUGAUGCUUUCAAACCCAAAUCUGGCAACUGGGAAUGUUCCACCUGCAUGAUUAGCAAUAAAAGUGAGGCGAAUGAGUGUGUGGCCUGUCAAACCAAGAAACCUGGCAGCUCCAGCAGUAGCAGCAGCAGCAGUACUAGCCUGUCAGCCACAAAUACUUCAUUUAAAUUUGGCUUUUCAACGGCCCAAACCAACACCACACUGGCCGCACCCUUGGCCUCGGCAGAUGCUGGUUUCAAAAGCCUUGCAGCCCAACAAAAGGCCUCGAAAUGGGAAUGUGAUGCCUGCAUGACACGCAACGAUGCAGAGCGUACCAAGUGUGCUUGCUGUGAUCAACCUAAGCCAGGUACGACAGAUAACGAAAGUUCCACGUCCACUUCGUCGUCAACAUCCUCGUCAACAAACAAAUUUACAUUUGGCGCUACAGCAGCGGCCAAAUUCAGCUUUGGUUUUGGACCAAAUGCAAAUGCCCCCAAGGAGGAGGAGUUACGAAAGGAUACCUCGAAAACGGAUGAGAAAACGACUGGUACAACAACAGCAAGUAAAACAAACACGCCAACUCCAAGUGGUUUUCAAUUUGGAAUUAAACCGACCACCACCUCCAUCACCCCCAUUGGUUUUGGUGGCCAAGCAAGUAAAAAGGAUGAAGUGGAUUUGGCAAAGACCUCAUCCACUCAGACUUCAGUGUCUUCAAGUUCCAAUGUAACGGCGGUGGCCGGCUUUAAAUUCGGAGCAGCUCCCAGUACCACCACACCCAGCGAUGCUGCUAAAAAGUCAGAAGUAUCAACCUCAACGAGUACCACAUUUGCCACAUCCGGUUUUUCGUUUGGCCUCAAGCCUACCCAUAAUGCAACAACAACCACUACAACAAGUUCUACUACAACAAACACAGCUACCCCUGCAGUGAAUUCACCAAGUGUCAAAUUUAAUUUGCAACCCGCAGUUGCAACUUCAAGCGCCGCCACCAGCACCACCUUACCAACAUCCUCCUCGUCGUCAUUAACGUCCACAACUGCAACUGGUGCAGCAGGGCCAACGCCCACAUUUAGCUUUGGCUCUUCGUCCGCCGCUUCAUCUACCACCCAAGGCUUUAGUUUUGGAAGUUUAACUAAGAAAGCGGCGGCAGGUGAUGGAAAGGAAAGUAAAGUCUCCGAGGGAUUUGCCUUUAAAGCCCCGGCAACAUCGGCUGUAUCCUCCACUACAACCACACCAACAACUGGUUUUGUAUUUGGCUCAGCGACAUCAGCUAAACCACCUGCAACGACAUCUAUUCUAACAUCUACAUCAUCAACAGCAACAGCGGCAUCAGCUGCGGCGCCCGUAAAACCAAUGUUUAGUUUUGGCUCAACACCUGCGGCUGGAGAUACAAGUGCCACACAAAAACCAACGACUGCAACCAGUGGCUUUGGAGGUUUCAGUUUCGGCAGUAACAAUACAAAUGCCACCACACCUGCUCUGGGUGGGAAAACACUUUUUGGUUCAGCCACAGGGGGAACAUCGGCUCCAGCCGCAGCAUCAUCGUCGUCGUCCUCGUUGACAUCCCUAAAUUCAAGUACAAAACCUGCUGUUGCCACCACCAACCCCACCACGAAUGUGUUUGGUUCAUUUGGAGGCAGUGGUGCAAAUUUGGGAGGUUCCACUGCUAGCACGACACCAACAUUUGGUUCCUUGCCAGUAACAGCGAAUCCUGCCAACAACAACUCAACAACGGUUAGUUCCUCCGCCAGCAGCACCACAAAUACCAAUACACCAACAUUUGGUUCUUUUGGCAGCGGCAACGCUGCCUCAGCCAACAGCUCUACAACAACGGCCAAUGUCUUUGGUUCAUUUGGUGGUGGAAGUAAACCGGCUGCACCAGUGUUUGGUAGUGGCAGCAGUGGGCAAGCCUCCACAACUGCAGCAAAACCUUUUGUAUUUGGAUCCAAUCCAGGCGCCUCUGCAGAAACUGCUAAUUCUUCUUCCUCUUCAACAAAUACCGGCAUUACUCCAGCUGCUGCAACCGGGGCAUCUUCCUGGCCCAAAACAAGUUUUGUAUUCGGUUCAUCAGCGACAUCAACUCCUGCCGCUGCUGAUGCCGGCAAGCCAAGCACCACCACCUCUGUGUUUGGAACAUUUGGUGGCAGUGCAGCAGCAUCCAGUUCAAGUUCUUCAAGCCAGCAACAAACCACAUCGAUAUUUGGUAAUCCCACUGGAACAACCAAUACUUCGCCGCCAAAUAAUCCGCCAGUUUUUGGGGCAGUUGCCGCCGGUACUACACAGUCAGCAAAUAACUCGAGUACGAAUCUUUUUGCAGUCAAUUCUGCUCCCGCACCGGCUACAACAAAUUUAUUCGGUGCGGCGAAUCCAAGUGGUAGUGCAGCAACACCAGCACCGGCCUUUGGUUCAUCACCAUUUGGCGGUUCAGCAUCGGCCACCAGUGGCACACCAACAUUUGGCAGUACCGCCGUUACGGGGUCAGCAACAUUUGGUGGUUUUGGAGCAGCAGCAGCAGUGAAUACAACCGAUAUAAAGAAACCCGAACCGGCAUUCAAUUUUUCGGCCCAGCCUGGACAACAACAGCAGCAGCAACAACAACAGCAACAGAGUUCAAGUGGAGGAUUCAAUUUCGGAUCAAAUACUACGAAACCAGCUUUUAAUUUUGGUGGCACCACUGCCACACCCACAUUCAACUUUACCGGAUCAUCAGAGGCCAACACCAACGCCAGGAGCCCAAUCAGCACAACAAGCCAAACGAAAGAUACGGGCACCCAUACGUCGUGUAACACAACGGUAGAAAUUUCAAUAAAAUCGGACGCUCCUGGUAGUAGCGUGGACCAAACACAUCAACAACAACAACAAAAGCAGCAACAUAAACACAGUGGUGGACUGUGCUCAAGAACGGAACUUAAUAUUAGAAAUAACAGAAAACAACAAGACCUUAAACUACAGCAACAGCAACAACAACCGGAACAAAAACAGAUAAUAGACAUAGACAACAAAAACAACAACGAUGACGGCUACGACGACAAACAGGACAAUAACAUUAAAGACGGAACAUUUGAGCAACAACAUGGAAAGAAGAGAUACAUUACAAAUGUUGCCAGCAACAAAAUUCAAUUGGAACCAUUACCAUCAACAUCAUCAUUCGCUACCAAUGUAAAUAGAUACCAGCAACCACAACAACAACAACACAAUGAGGAACAACAAAAAUCAACAGUUUUAUUAAAUAAAUAUAAAUUAAUACGCAAUGCCAGAAAAAUAUAUCCAGUUAGAAGACCGCCAACAGCAGUACAAAAACAACAUCAACCACAAGAAAUACAACAUCAACAACAACCACAACAAUAUAUAACCAUGACAGGAUCUCAUUUAAGGAGAAAUGUACAGUUAAUAAAUAAACCCUUUAAUGCUGCUCAAUCCUAUACAAAUGCAAGUUACACUUUCCCACAACAAAAACCAAACGUUUAUCGUAAAAUUAAUACAGUUUCAAGGCGCAUCGGAAGUGUUGAUGGGAAAGCCCAAUAUAUAGAGAAAACAGUAAAUAACAACAAUAAUAAUAGUAAUAGUAUUAACACAGCCAAACAAUUGCCAUUGUUCAGCGGCAGCAGCAGCAGUCCUCAAUUUUUGCCACAUAAUCCUGCUCCAGCUCCUCCCCAUGGUUCCUUCUCCAUACGUAAAGUCCGUAUGGUUACAACAGAUAAUGAAAUAAAUUGAAUGUUGUUUCGUUCAAGCUUGCUGGUGACAAUGCUUUUCUUAACGUUGUCAAACCUCAAAUAAACUCCUACAACACAGACUCAUUUUGACCACAAACAAACACACACUCACUCAACAGACUUGAAACUAUUAACGAUUUAUUUUAAGCGUAUAUUAUUACAUAUAGCAUAAUUACUAUAACAAAAUUACAAGAACCAUAACAACAACCAGGAAAGGAGUUAUUUUUAAUUCCUCUUGGAUUUCACACAACAAAAGAUCUAGUACAGAAAAUUUCAUAAAUCCACCACAAUAUUUUUUGAACAUGAAUAGAAAAAAAACAUGGUGAAAAUACUUCAUAUCCAUAACCGUCUCCAAACCCCCAAUCAUACCACAACCCGCUCCAAACGGACGGACGGGCGGGCAGUUGUCAAUGUAAAAUUCUCUCGUAUAUUUUACACCGAAUUUCUUAUGUGCCUCCUAUUUGUAAAAACAACAACAAGAAGAAGAAAAAACUGCAAAAGUUGUAUUACGAGAUUUUGUGCGAAAUGUGCUGUUUUUUCAAUUUUUUUUCAAUUACUCCCCACCAACUCCAAAAACGCUCGCUUUUACAAGCGUGCCACUCAAUUCAUUGAAUAACUACGGGAGAAAAGCAUACGGAAAAAUUAUAUCUUUUUAUAUACAUAUAUAUUUAUAAAAUUCAAUUGUUUCUUCUAUUCAUUUCUAUACAAGUUUCCUAGAAAUUGUUAAUUUUUGUAAAAAAAAUUAUAAUUGUUUAUAUUUGUUUUUCGCUUUCAAAUUUGCAUUUCGUACAGAACAACCGACCACAAACAGCAUUCACAUAAUUUCUCUAUAUAAUUCUUGUUUUUUUUUGUGUUUAUAUAAUAAGCAAUAAUUUCAUUCAUGGAGAAGAAAAUGCUGGGGUAACGAAAACAAACACAAUUUGAAUUAAAUAAAAACCUAACCUAAAAUGCAAAACAAACAUUUAAAAAAGAAAUUAAUUAUAGUUUUUAUUUCAAUUUAAGUCUACAUAUUUUCAUAUUUUGUUAUACAAAUUCUUAUUAAAAAAAAUUAAACCUUUAUAAAAAGUAAAGAAAAAGGAAACAAUUUGUUUUUUUUAAUAACUUCUUCAAUUGUUUCAAGUUUAACAGCUGAUUUGCUUUAUUGAAAUUUAUAAUUAUAAUAAGUAACUGAAAUUUAUGAAAUUUGUUCACGCGCCCUUGUUUUUGAAUUAAGUCUGGAAUUUUUUUAAUAUUAUUUAAUUAGCUAUAAAAAUACAAUUCAAAUAAUUACACUUUUCUUCUUCUCCUCUUCCACCACCACCUCUUUUUGUGUUGUGUGUAUAACUUUUUUUUUUUUUUGAAAUAAGAGAUUUUUUUAUUACGAUCAUGGAUAAAAUAUUUUAUAAACAGAAAGUAAAUAUGCAUAUACAAAGAGAUAUUUUAUGUGGCACCAUAUACACCAACCAACCAACCAACAAGAUAGAAACCUAUAAAGUAAUGGAACAUGGAAAGAAGUUGGCGAAAAUACACUGAAGAAGAAAACAAAUUUAAUUGAAGAGUUACAUAUAUGUAAAUAAGUAAAUAUAUUGCAAAAAUGAUUAAAAAGUCUAAUACUGAAAUAUAAUAAA